GAGAGAGAGAGAGCAGAGGAUGUUGGGGUUGGGUUGGUCGGGAGAUGCGCCGUGAGCGAACGAGCGAGCGAGCGACACCGAGUGACACCCAGCGCGCGCGAGGCAGGUUAUUCCGCCGGAGCGAGAUCCAUUGGUAAACAUGCAGCCGCGGUAUCGCCGCCGCGAGUGACCCGACGUGAUUGCGCCCGACUAUAAUGGCAGAGAACCUGUCGAAACGGCCUUCCAAGGGUAUCCUCAAGACGUCCAGCAGUUUUGACAAUCCGGAGGCGCCUAGACCGAGCAAAGAAACAACAUGGGACGAGAUGAAUAUUAUCGCCACUCUUCACCCUGCCGACAAGGACUACGGUCACAUGAAGAUCGAAGAGCCAAAAACCCCAUAUAAUUUCGAAGGCCUCCAAAAUGAACAUGAAUUUGAUCAAUUAGAUGCCAGCGCUCUCGCAGCGAAAUUAGCUGGAGGUAGUCAGCCGAAAAUUUUUGAGGCAUCCAGUGAAGAAGAGGAGGAUGAAGAAACUCCUGAGGAAAAAGAAAGGAGAAGAGCUUUCGAGGCGAAAAGAAAGGGCCAUUACCGAGAGUGGCAUGCUGUACAAAUGGCGAGACGACUUUUAGAGCAAGACGAAUUGGAAGAAGAGGACGAGGAUGGCGAGGGUAAAAACAAUGAGGAGAAUUCGUCGGAGGAAGAGAGCAAUUUUGACACUCGAUUCAAAUGCAUGCCGUCCUGUGAUAGAACCGAAAAGAAAUAAACGAGACACAUCGAUUAAUUAUUUUCCUUCUAAAUCGUCCGUCACAGUCACCAUUUCGCAGCAGUGUCGACUUCGCUGUUUAACGCUACCGCGACUAAAGUGUGUGCUCAGGCAGCAGAGAAAGUGUUUAACAUCAAUUACAUUUAAAUGCCCAAACUAAAUUUCGCAUUUUUAAUUAUGUAUAUAUAGCACUUUUUCAUUAGCUCCAUAUCCUCUGUAAAUAAACAUUUUAAAAACCUGAA